UCGUGAAAAUAAACCAACACUUUAUCAAAGAUACAUUUCCACAAUCAUAAGCACAAUUCUUGAAACUUUACCGUUAUGGAUGGUUAGAAGUCUGGUUUAUUCAUUCGGAUUUAUCAAUAAUCAUAUCCUCAAUGGGUUAUGGCUGGGAGGUUCUAAACGUAGUUAUUGGUGUCGUAAAUUAAAGAUUAAAGAUGCUAAUUGGAGAGGUUAUUUUAUUGCUGAAAAUGCUGAAAAAUUGGAUGUUGGUCAAGAUGCUGAUGUGGUGAUUUUAUACGCACAUGGUGGCGGAUUUGUUACGGGAGGAGCAUUACUUCAUUUUACAACAUUUAUCGAUUGGAUUCAAACAUGGAAAUCAACUUAUGGAACUACAACCCAGAUAUUAUCGGUUGAAUACGGGCUGGCACCUAAAAAUCCAUUCCCUGGAGCAAGAGAUAACAUGUUGGAAUGUUAUGAAUGGUUGGUGAAUGAACAAGGAAUCAAUCCUUCAAAAAUAGUUUUUGGCGGAAAUUUAGCAGUGAUUUCAGUGCUUGAACUUAUUCAAAAUCCUUAUGCGUACUCAGUAGAUCUACCUUCUUCACUUAUUUUAUUAUCACCUUGUCUUUCGGGAUUACCAACUUCUAAAUCGUUUAGCAAAAAUAAAAGUUACGAUAUAAUUAAUACGCAAUGGUUGGAGAGAUCUUUUAAUAAAUAUAUGAUUGAUACAAACCUAUCAUCACAAUGUUCUUUGAUUUCACCAAUCUAUGAAAAGAAAUUAGGUGGUCUACCCAAAAUUUGGGCUUGUGCUGGUGAAUUUGAAGUUUUUUUGGAUGAU